AUGAAGCCACACUCUUCUUUCAAUUUGACUCUCAUCCAAAAAGCCAUUCGUUUGCUGUAUGAUCAUCACGGAAGCAACAGCACCAGCACAGGUAAAAACCGAGCCGCCAGUUUAAUCGUUUCAGGAGUUGGAAGUACCUCAUUGGCUUGGCUCUUUGGUGUCCCUGGAGCUAGUUCAUAUCUCAUGGAUGCUCAUAUUCCGUAUGGAAUGUCUGCAGUGAAUGAAUUAUUAUUUGAUCAUCCGGUUUUGGACGCUACACAAGAAAUUAAAUACGUGAGCGAGGAGGUUGCUUUGAGGAUGAGCUCAAAAGCCUUCGCCAAGAGUGCUCAUAUUUCCUUCUUUUCCCGAUAUCCCCAUAGUUGUAAGAAUGAUGAUACUUCAAUGUCGGAGUGUAAUGCUGUGCUUCAGAAUUAUGCCUCUUGUUUAAGUAAUGCAAUUGGAUUGGGAUGUACAGGAGCAAUCCGAACAUUGCAACCAAAGAAAGGAAAGCAUCAUGCAUUUAUUGCAAUUAAAUGCUUUGAAAAUGGAAAAUUUGUAAACAAAACGUACAGUAUUGAAUUGGAGAAAGAUAAACGUGAAAGAGAAGAAGAGGAAAAUCUCAUUUCUUUGUUGAUAAUUCGGACUUUAUUGAAUCACUCGCUUCCUGAUCAUAUCAAAGUUGAAGAAAAUACAAAAUCCAUCCUCAACGAAUUGGAUCAAUAUUUUAAUAACUUGCUGUUGGAAAAUGAAAUAGUUCAAAACAAAGAAUGGUCGGAAGAAAAUGUGUGGAAUUUUGAGAGCGACAGCUCAUUAAUUGGGCUUUACUCUUAUUCAAGAAAUCUUAAUAACGAAGAAACCAUUUACGAGUUAGGCCACGAAGAAGCUCAAUUAUUUUUAAAAGAGAAAUAUUUAAAUUUUAUUCUAUUCCCUGGAAGCUUUAAUCCUCUUCAUCAUGGACACAUACAACUCAUGGAAAGAGCAAAGAAAAUAGCCCUCAGCCAAUUAUCAGAUGUUGAAAAACGUAUUGGAUUGGAAGCUUUUUUUGAAUUAUCUGUUCAAAACGUUGACAAGAAAGGAAUAGAUGUUAAUAUUCUCAGAGAAAGAUUGGAAGGUAUGAAGAAGGUAUCAGAUCGAUUCUCAUGUCUCAUAACAAAAGCUCCACUGUUUAUUCAAAAAGCAAAAUUGUUCAAUAAGGAUUCAAAAAUUUUCAUCGUUAUUGGCUCGGAUACGGCUAUUAGAAUUGUGGACACCAAGUAUUAUAAAAACAGUGAGGAGGAGAUGAUCAAGGCAUUAAUGGUAUUCAAGCAACAUAAUUGUGUGUUUUUAGUUGGAGGAAGAUUAGACCAAAAAGACAAGACCUCCCAAAAAUUUAUCACAAUGAGUGAUAUUAAUGUUCCAAAAGGAUUUGAAGACAUUUUCAUUGAAAUUCCUGAAUUCAGAGUGGACAUUAGCUCCACUGAGCUUAGGAACAAAAAGUAA